AUACCUAUGGAUAGAGUGCAUGUUUUGAAACUUUAAAGCUAGAAUCAAAUUAAGAAAAAAACUUUUGUAAGUGAUUUUCAAGUUUCAUGAUAAUUUUGAUAAAAAUUAAGCUGAUCUAAGCAUAUUAAGAAUGAAAUGUGGACUGAUGCAGAACACAGAAUUAAAACCCUAAUGAAAACAUGGGUCAUGAGAUGCAUAGUAAGUUUGCAAAUACAUUUUUACCCUCCACUUUUUGAGGUAAGUACAAGAAUAUCUUGGUAACUUUUUCUGAUUCGACUUAAUCAUAGAGUAUUAAAAAAUAUAUAAUGUAGGGGCCAUGCCAUGUCUGAUAUGUAUCUCCAUCAAAAGAAGAACCUAUAAUAUUGAACUCCCAAAUCACUCACACUCGCAUCAUUCUAUUGCCAUUCAUUCAUUCAUUCAGAACAUUUACUUUUUCUUUCUUUUCAUCCAAUAUAUCAUUUCAUGCCUCAUUUUUCUACCCUUCACUACUACUCCCUGGCAAUGCCUUUUGAUCCAAGUAAAUUAAAUUCCUGGUUAUUGUACCCUCACUUUCUAUGCUCUCUUUUGUCCCUUCCCUUUUUAUGAACACCUCUCUGUCAACUUCAGUCCUUCUCUCCCAGAUACUUUUUGUGAUUUUCUCUCAUUAUCACUCCAUGUACCAUGUGCCCCUUCUUCUAUCACCUUCCUCCCCUAUUAUUAUAAUUUUAGUAAUCACUCACACAUACUAUUAGUGCAAACACCUAAUAGACAUCUCAUUUUUCUUUCAAUAUCUCUCUUAUAUCACAUAUCACAAUUAUCACUUAUUUCUCUUCUCUUCCCUUCCAUUCUCACUCAGAGUGUCUUAUAUCAGUGUAGAUGUCUAUAAAUGAUUUUUUUUACAACUUUAUAAUCACCCCUUCCCCUACUUAUUCCCUCCAAUUCAUGCAGUAGUACUCUCCCUCACCUUCACCUACCCUCUACAAUUGUUCUCUCAUAAUUUACACAUUUGUUUUGUUUGCUUCUCUUUGUUUUCUUCUUGUUUCAAGUAUGGAACAACCACCUCAACAACAACAACAGAAUGAGGAUGGUGGUGGGAGUAGUGGUGGAAAAGGGGGGUUUCUGAGCAGGCAAAGCAGUACACGGUGGACUCCCACCACAGACCAGAUAAGAAUAUUGAAGGAGCUUUACUACAACAAUGGAAUAAGAUCCCCGAGUGCAGAGCAGAUUCAGAGGAUCUCUGCUCGGCUGAGACAGUACGGCAAGAUUGAAGGCAAGAAUGUCUUUUACUGGUUCCAGAACCACAAAGCUAGAGAGAGGCAGAAGAAAAGGUUCACUUCUGAAACUCAUCUUCUUCCCAAUCCCAUACAACAACAACAAAGAAAUGGAACUAAUGCUGCUUGGAAGCAACCUGAAGAACAACCCAUUAUUAACCACACCAAGUAUUCUAGUAACAACAUUUCAGCUCCUGCAGGGAUCAUCACUUCUGCUCCAUCUUCUUCUGCAGAGAUUGUUUCUGUUGGCCAGAUAGGAAACUUUGGUUAUGGAUCUUUGCCUAUGGAAAAGAGUUUUAGGGACUGCUCAAUAUCUGCUGGAGGCAACACAGGCUAUGCUGGAAGUGCUAUAAACCACAACCUGGGAUGGAUGGGUGUGGAUCCAUAUUCCUCAGCCUACACCAAUUUCUUUGACAAAAUAAGGCCAACUGAAGAAGAAACCAUGGAAGAAGAAGGACAAGAGAAUGGUUCACCAGAGAUUGAAACCCUUCCUUUAUUCCCGAUGCAUGGUGAGGACAUUCAUAGUGGCUAUUUCAACCUCAAGUCUAAUUCUUCUCACUAUGCUGGUGGCUGGUACCAGACUGAAGAAGGGUACUUCAACAAUGGUUCUCGUGCUUCCUUGGAGCUCAGCCUCAAAUAUCCUGAUUUUGCUUAAUUGCUUAUAUAUAUUAGAUUAAUUUGAAGGUGAUUAUAGCUAUAUAUGAUGCUUAUUUGGUUAUGAAUUAUGAUGUCAUUAUGUAUAUGUAAUCAAUCAGCUUAAUUAGGGUCUGUAUGUUAAGUUAGUUAAGGACUUAAGGCUAAUCAGUGUGAGAAUGAACUGUUUUCUCAUUGAAGAGAGAUGUUCCCAGCCUGACACCUGUCAUGCAGGGAACUUAAUGAACUGACACUGACUAAUUAAUUAUUAUAGUUAUUAUAGUUAUAUAUGUUUCUUUGUCUAUUAUCCCCAUUCCCCACAAACAUUCUUUCAUUAAUUUGCUAAUUGAAAUGAUUGGCUUUAGAAAAAAGUUACUAACAGUGAUAAUAAUGGAAAUCAAGCUUUAUCCUAAACCGAACAUGUACAACUGUAUGAUCUGUAUCAAUAAUUAAAGCAAUAACAGUAAUUAUAUGCAACUAACUACCAACUCUCACAAUUUUCAUAUUUAGCUUGAAAUGGAAGAUUUGGUCACCUCUC